UGAAAUAAACACGGGCCAUACAGCAGCAAUGGCUACAGUUUACAAGAUAGCAAGACACGCGUGGUCACACUUUAUGUGAGACAAUCUAUAAAGGAAGAUUUAAUAUGAAAGUCUGGCAUGUGUGUAACCACGCGUGACCGCUGCACGCGUGACCUCCUCCCGCGGGUUACCCAAAUACAAUUCACGAGCGCCUCCGAGGAAGGCGAUCGUUGCAUUCGACAGGAAAAAUGGCGGCGGCCGUAACAGGAACGCCAGAGCGAGCAGAGAGUGAAAUAACAGCAUGUUCCCCACAGCCUGCUUACACGGCAGCACCACACCGCGAAGCUUUAUCUGCGGAGGACUUCGUGGCGGGUUUCCUGGAGGACAGAGACACCGAGCUGAUGUGCUCGAAGACCGUCGGUGAGCUGAUGGAGCAUCUGACCGAGCAGAACAACACGCUGAAGGAACAGGUCCUGACUGUGUCCAGUUUGGUGCCUCCUAAAGUUUCAGCAGCUCUGUCUGCUGUCGAGGACGCCAGGUGUUCCCUGGAGGCGCUGCUGCAGAGAGAACAACUUACCUUCAACAUGCUGCACAAGCACCUACAGGAUGCCCAGCCUUGGAUGGAUAAACUCGAACAAACAUGUAACCAAGUUGACUUUAUAGAGAGACACAUGAAAUACCUAAGAUGCCUUCAACACAUAGAGGAGCUCAGUGCUACAGUUCAGCAGUGUUUGAUGACCAGCAGUGCCUGGGAAGCCAUAAGGGCAGUGGAUAGCAUGGCGGCUCUGGAUUAUGGACUAAACCAGUCUAGAUGUUCUCAUCUCCAGAACUUCCUCCAAGAAACUCUUAGCUUCUGGCACAAAAUCAUGAAGGACCGUCUGACCAGUGAUUUUGAGAAGCUGCUGACUCAGCUUCACUGGCCGAUCAUCUCUCCUCCCACUCAGUCACUGACACCAACGCCCGGCUGUCAGGAGAUGGAAGGCCAGCUGGAGCUGCUGGUUGGGCAGCUCCUCGCCCUGCAGACCUCUGAUGAUCUCCUGUCUCAGAGGACUUUGGACUCCAGUGAAGCUCUGUCCCCUCCCCAGCUGUCCAAACCUGCUCCCCUCUGUCUGCCCAUCCAGAUCAUGUUGUUGCCUCUCAACAAGAGGUUCAAAUACCACUUCUAUGGGAACCGGCAGACCAACUCUCUCAGUAAGCCAGAAUGGUACCUCACACAGGUUCUGAUGUGGAUGGGAAAUAACUCCACCUUCAUGGAGGAAACGAUCCAGCCGAUCUUGGACCGAGGAGGGGUAACUCUAAGUGCAAAGGUGGAGUUGUGUCGAGGCCUGUUGUCUCUAGUCCAAGAGAAAGUGGCCAGUGAUGCUUCUAAGCUGCUGUAUGAUGAUGUGCUCUUCUGUCACUUGGUGGAGGAGGUGCUGCAAUUUGAGAAGGAGCUGAGAAGCAACCAUUCCUACCCAGCAGAGCUGCCUGGUGUGCUUCACCUCCUUCUCGAGGAUGCAGUCCUUCAGAAGUGGCUCACUAUGGAAAAGAAGAUGGCAGUGGAAAAGAUGGAUGCCAUGCUCUCGGCUGAAAGAGCCUGGAGCUCUCAGUAUAAAGACAUCAGUGAUAUGGAUGAUCUGAAGGCUCCAGACUGUGCCGAGACUUUCAUGACUCUGCUGCAGGUUAUUACUGAGCGGUACCGGACCUUACCUUGUCCUUCAGCACAACUGAAAUUUUUGGAGCUGCAGAAAGAACUCGUGGAUGACUUUCGUAUACGACUCACUCAGGUGAUGAAGGAGGAGUCUCGCUGCCCACUGGGUGUCCGUUAUUGUGCCAUCCUCAAUGCUGUCAACUACAUUUCCACCAUACUGGGAGACUGGGGAGACGAUGUGUUUUUCCUACAGUUGCAGCAGACAGCGGUCUCACUCGGUGAAGAAGCUAUACCCGGAGGCCUGGGCAUCAUGGAGAUGGGUCGUCUGGCUUCUCUCGAGGGCUCUCUGUUUGACGGUCUCUUAGCAUUGCUGGAUCGUUUAAAAGGAGAUAUGCUGGGAAGACUGCUGGAUUUUCUCAUGAGAGAAAUAAAAGAAAAAGCCAAACCAUAUUGCCAAGAAAGGUGGUUGUCCCUGCCGUCACAACAAGACCAGUCCACUAUGUCCCUGUCCAGUACAGCAUGUCCCAUGAUGCUGUGCGUUAGAGACAGACUGUUGAACCUUCAUCAGGUGCUUGGCUUUUCUCUGUUUCACCUGGCCUGGCAGGGCCUGGCGGAAAGACUCGACAACUUUCUCUACCAAGAUGUGAUCCUCUGUAAUAACUUCAGUGAUGGUGGAGCAGCUCAGCUUCAGUUUGACAUGACCAGAAAUCUGUUUCCUCUCUUUGGUCACUACUGCAAAAAACCAGAGAACUUCUUUAAGCAUGUAAAGGAGGCAUGUAUCAUCUUGUGUCUUAAUGUGGGCUCUGCUAUUCUGCUGAGGUCUCUCAUAAAAGAGUCUGACAUGACCAGAGACUGUGCAGGUACGGGAGACCCUCCACCAGAGUCGGCGCUGAACGAGCUCGGUGUUUACUGUUUGGCACCGUGUGACGUGUUGAUUCUCCUCUCUCUGAGAACCUCGUGUCCUGGACAGUGGUAUCCCUCCUGAUUAGCACAUUUUAUUACUUUUUGUGGUCAUUAGCAUUUAUGUUCCUCGUAGCUUUCAGUGUUGGUUAUAUGAUGCUCAGUAAGUUUGUCAUUAUUCGUUCCAUCCUUUUCUUUCAUGGGGUAUUUAAUGGUUAUGACAUGAGAUGACCCAAGUACACAACAACUGUAUAAAUAAACCCAAGUUGUGUAAAACA